GUUUAAACCAGGGACUGGCAGGAGAAGAAGAUGAAUUGAACCAGGCAGGAAUAACAUGCCUAGAAAAGGCAUACCUUGGCCUAGAAUUGGACUGGACCUUGGAAGUACAGCUUUAUGUCUACAGACCCUUAAGGGGGAGAGGAUGCAGGUCCUGUGAGGCUGUAGGAUGAUCGAACUCUCUGGAGCCAGUCAGCGCUGGCCAGGCAAAGCCCUUCAGCCUGUCUUGGAGGGAUUCGCUGGGGUCAGAGUGUGUCACCGGGAGCAUUUGGAAUUAAAGUUCAUUAAUCCUCAGACCUGCCCUGUACAUGAUGUCAGCUGUCAAUGACACCAAACUCAGCUCAGCAGUGUUUUGUCUCACUGGGAUACCUGGACAUGAACACGUCCAUCUCUGGGUCUCCAUCCCCUUUUGCUUAAUGUAUAUUAUUUCAAUAAUAGGCAAUUCAAUCAUUCUGUUCAUUAUAAAAACAGACCCAAGCCUGCAUGAGCCCAUGUACAUUUUCCUUUCCAUGUUGGCCAUCACAGACCUUGGCUUAUCGAUAUCCACCAUGCCGACAAUCCUGGGCAUAUUCUGGUUUAACGCUAGGGAGAUCAGCUUCAGUGCCUGUUUUUCCCAGCUGUUCUUCAUCCACUCACUUUCAUUCAUUGAAUCCUCUGUCCUCCUGUUGAUGGCCUUUGACCGCUUUGUCGCCAUCCGUAACCCGCUGAGAUACGCCUCCGUCUUAACCCUGCCGAGAAUAGCCAAGAUGGGAUUGGUGUCCGUGCUAAGAGCGGUGGUCCUAAUAUUACCACUCCCCAUUCUCCUGAAGCAGUUCCGAUACUGUCAAAACAACGUCCUCUCCCACUCCUACUGCUUGCACCAGGAGGUCAUGAAGAUGGCUUGUUCGGAUAUCAGAGUCAACAGCAUCUAUGGCUUGUUCAUAAUAGUCUCCACGGUGGGGUUGGACUCCUUGCUUAUCCUCCUCUCUUAUGUGAUGAUCCUCAAAACAGUGCUGAGCAUCGCGUCCCAAGCGGAGCGCCUCCGGGCCCUGAACACUUGCGUCUCCCACCUCUGCGCCGUCCUGCUCUUCUAUACACCAAUGAUCGGCCUGUCUGUGAUACACAGAUUUGGGAAUGACUCUUCUCACUCGCUUCAGAUACUCAUUGGCUAUGUCUACCUGCUGGUCCCACCCCUGAUGAACCCCAUCGUGUACAGCGUGAAAAGCAAACACCUGCGCGCCAGGAUCAUCCGGGUGUUCGUCAAGUGA